AACUUUAUCAGUAUAAAUAGAAAUGUAGAUCUCUUGCCAUAAAUAAACGAUUACUAUGAAAAUGAACACAGUGCAAAACAAAAUAGCAGUUCUAGUUGGAUUCUGUUCCCUUGCCAAGGCUCUGAGACUUUCUCCUUCAGGAAGAAUUAAGAGAGGAUUGAAAAGGGAGUUCUCUGCCACCUGGCUGGGGUCGUUUAUACUGUUCCCCUCUGGGACCUGCUGUCCUGAGGACUUGCUCUCGCCUCUCAGGUGCUGCUGUCCCAUGGUUGAUGGGGAGCCCAGGCCAUGGUUGCCGUCUUCCGCCCCGGCCAUGGACGAGAUCACCUUCAAAAGCGACACCGUGCUGUCAGACGUCCACCUCCACACCCCGAACCAGAGACAUCUCAUGGUGCGGCUGAGUGGCGUGGGGCAGCCCGUCUUCCUGUCCCAGUUCAAGCUUCUGUGGAACCAAGCCUCUCAGACAUACUCAGGGGCUGAAGGUGGCAAUCACAGAGCCCAUCACACAGAGGUGAUUCCUCCCGCCAUGUCGCCUCCGGGGAGCGGCUGCAGCAGCGAAGGAGUCUCCUUCCAGGCUGGGGUUGAUGCCACCAGCCAAGAGGGGGUGGCAGCUCAGCUGGACGAGGAUGGGGAUUUGGACGUUGUGAGAAGACCACGGGCUGCCUCUCCCUCCAAGCCCUCGGGGCCUCCGAGAGACAAGGUACAUCCCAUGAUUCUAACACAGGAGGAAGAUGACGUCCUGGGAGACGAAGCACGAGAGAGUGGCCCCUACGACGUCAUCAAAAUAGAGCACACCAUGGCUACCCCCCUGGAGGAUGUUGGCAAGCAGGUGUGGCGGGGCGCCCUGCUCCUGGCGGACUACAUCCUGUCCCAGCGGGACCUCUUCCAGGGUCGCACGGUGUUGGAGCUCGGGGCGGGCACCGGGCUGGCCAGUAUCCUCGCAGCCACCGUGGCGCAGACUGUCUACUGUACAGAUGUCGGCGCAGAUCUCUUGGCCAUGUGCCAGCGAAACAUUGCCCUUAACAGCCACCUGACUGCCACUGGAGGCGGUGUGAUUAAGGUUAAGGAACUGGACUGGCUGAAAGACGAUCUCUGCACAGAUCCCGAGGUCCCCUUCAGCUGGUCGGAGGAGGACAUCUCCGACCUGUACAGCCACACCACCAUCCUGCUCGCGGCUGAAGUGUUUUACGAUGAUGACCUAACUGAUGCUCUGUUUAAAACACUGUGCCGACUGGCUCACAAGUUGAAGAACGCCUCCACCGCCAUCUUCUCUGUGGAAAAGAGGCUGAACUUCACGCUGCGCCACCUGGACGUCACGUGCGAGGCCUACGACCACUUCCGCUCAUGCCUGCGGCGACUGGAGGGGCUGACCGGUGGGCGCCUGCGCUUCGUGGUGGAGCCGGUGGACGUCUCCUUCCCGCAGCUCUUGGUCUACGAGCGCAUCCAGCAGCUGGAGCUCUGGAAGGUCUUUGUGGAACCAGUAACGGUACCCAUAGUGUCGGCAGACACAGCUUCUUGACUGUUCUUGUGAUGUUUCUGAUAAAAUUGAAAGCUCACAAAGUAAUGUGCUUGAGAUGUUAUUGUUUAAAAAAUACGGCAAGUGGGCCUUGUGUGACCCAAUACGGUUUUCUGCUUCCCAGCAGCAGCCAGAGAACGUUACUGCCCUAGGCUGGGAGUCCAUUUGGUCGCAUGUGGGUUUUAUGCUGCCGGCUUGGAGUAGGUGUUGCAGGGUGUUUGAGAGCUGCUUGGUCAAGUUGGGCGGUGUUCUCAGCUUGGUUCCGCUGGAGCUGAUAACCUUACCCAGGUGCUUCCCUUGGGGCAGGGGCCCCAGGCUGCACCCAUAAUCUUUUAUGUUCUCUUCUUCUAACUGCUUACAAAUGAGUUUAAUACCAUCUUAACAGUUGCCAUAGUACCACCCCGCAAAAUGGGGCACAGAAGCCUCCUUGCCUUCCGUGCUGCAUGUGCCCUGUCCCUGUCCCUCUGCUGGGGGCCCCUUCAGAGGAGGAGGCAGGAGCUCCCAGACUGGAUGCCUCUGGCAGUGGCCCUUGUUUUAUGUUUUAACCCUUUGUAACCAAAAUCGGGUAUUCAUAGAACAAACAUAAAAGCCGCUCCUUUGGGUCCUGCAGCUGCCUAGGGCCGGGGUCCACGCAGCCACCUGCCUCGAGGGCAUGUCCCUUCCUCAGCCUGGCC